AUGAGCACGGAUUUAUCGAGGAAGAAAAAGUUAAGAGGGGCUCAUCGAGCGUCCGCCACACGACUUCAAAAGACGGUGAGUGAAGUACUUAUUUCUUUUGACCCAAAUAAUCUGGAAGAAAUUGUGCCCAAACUGAAUCAACUUAAAACUAGCAUGAAAGAAAAACUUGAAACUUUAAAGGUCCUUGAUGAGGAAAUUCUUGAACUAGUUGAUGAAGCUAAUAUUGAAGAAGAAAUAGAACAGUGCGAUAUUUGUAGAGAAGGCUUGCAGUUGGCUUUAGAAAAUGUAGAAAGAGCACUUAAUACCUCCAGCAUGCCUAGUUUAGCUGUGUUAUCGAAUGUGACUGAAAAUACAACAAGUAACACCCCACCAGUACCCAGUCAAGCCCCCACAUCACCCCAAGGCUCUAGUGCUAGCACUGCAAGCACGUCGUUACUACAGAAUCAAUAUUCAAGUCAGCUUGAUACAUCAAAUGAAAAUGGAAUGCCAAAUUUGGGUCAGCCUUCUAUGUCAACUGUGAAUCAACCCCAACCAGUAGAGCAUCCUACCAUACCACCUGCAUCACCCGAUAACCCUGGGGGGCAUCCAGCUGUCCAACCAAUCAAUCGUGUAGCACAAGUAAAUUGCCAAAAUUAAUCCUUAAAAGGUUUUCUGGGGAUCCUAGUCAAUGGAACCCAUUCUGGGAUAAAUUUUAAGCCUCUAUCCACAACAAUCCCUCCUUAGCAGCGAUAGAUAAAUUCAAUUACCUCAAGUCUUUCAUGGACGGAGCUGCUGCUGAAUCCAUUGCUGGAUUGUCUUUAACUAAUGCUAAUUAUGAAGAGGCAUUUGUUAUUUUGAAAUCAAGGUUUGGGAACAAGCAGCAAUUUAAUUAUAAAUCGACAUAUGGAUAUUCUGUUAAAUCUUCCAUCAGUUAAUUCUGAAAACAACCUGAAGGGUUUGCGCCAACUUCAUGAUACGGUGCAUUCACAUAUUAGAAGCUUGAAAUCUAUGGGAGUAGCCCCUGAAUCUUAUGGUAGCCUUCUUUCUUCAAUAUUAAUGUCCAAGCUACCAACAAAUCUACAGCUGGUUGCUAGCAGAGUGGUUAAGGAAAACAAAUGGAAUUUGUAAGGGUAAGAAGCCAUCUCCACCGCCUCCUAGGGACCCUCCUGAGGAACAUGGGCAAAGCGGAUCCAACAAGUCAAAGGAAAGUACUAGUUUGGGAACCCAUCCUGACGCAACUGUCUGUCACACAACCUCAUCGAACUGUGUCCUUCUCCAAACCGCAAGAGCAAAUAUACAUGUAUAUAACCCAGAUAAUCCUGAUAGUCCCAAGGUCAAAGCGAGACUAAUCCUGGAUGGCGGCAGUCAGUGCUCGUAUGUCAGCAGUGCACUGACGGGAACUCUCGGUCUGCAGUCAAAGAGUCAAAGGUCGGUAAACAUAAAAAUAUUUGGCUCUAGCGAGACUAAUGCUCAAGUUAUUGAUGUGGUGAAUCUUGGAAUAGAAACUGCCUAUGGAGCAAACAUUGAAAUGUUAGCAUUUACUGUGCCAUUAAUUUGUCAGCCAUUAAAGAACCAAUUCGUGUCAAGUGCUAGCAAGACCUACCCUCAUCUCGCCAACCUCCACCUAGCUGAUUACUCAUUUGGGCAACACGAUGCGAAAGUGGAUAUUCUGAUCGGUUCAGAUCAUUACUGGAAGAUCGUGACCGGGAAAACCAGACAAGGAGAAAGUGGUCCGACUACCAUUCAAACGAGGCUUGGUUGGGUUCUCUCUGGGCCUGUUGGAAACGAACCGCGGCAAUUAACCCACACCAGCAAUCUUGCUACAAUCCACACCCUCAAAUGUGCCUCCGAAGAAGUUGAGUGUAAGAAUGAUGUCGUUGUACAAGAACUGAAGAGAUUUUGGGACUUAGAAACUCUCGGUAUUCAACCACAGUGUGUGUACAAAGAAUUACUAGAAAGCAUUAAGUAUGAAAAUAAUCAUUGUGUGUUCAAUUUGCCAUGGAAACCUGAUCUUGCUGAACUGCCUGAUAACUAUGAUCUUAGCAAGAAACGUCUAUUAGAGUUGCUGAAGCGACUGC